AUGCUCUCGAUACUACGAAAAGCGCGUCUGAAGGACAAGGAGAUGCGGAUAUUGAUGUUGGGUCUGGACAAUGCAGGAAAGACGACCAUCGUGAAGAAGAUUAUGAACGAGGACGUGAACAGUGUUAGCCCGACGCUCGGAUUCAUCAUCAAGACGAUCGAGUAUGAUGGAUAUAAACUGAACAUAUGGGACGUCGGCGGGCAGAAGACGUUGCGGACCUACUGGAAGAACUACUUUGAGAAGACGGACACGCUCAUCUGGGUCGUCGACGCGACGGACGGCGAGCGGAUUGACGACUGCCGUCACGAGUUGGAGGGGCUAUUGCUGGAAGAGCGUCUCAUGGGGGCAAGUCUGCUCGUGUUCAAGAACAAGAGCGAUGUUCCCGGGGCCAUGAGCGAGGACGAGGUUCGCGAGGGACUCAGGCUCGACGCGAUCAAGACGCACAAAUGGACCAUCAUGGCGUGCAGUGCGAUGACGGGGGUGAAUCUGCACGAGGGGCUGCAAUGGGUGGUGCAGGACGCCAAAGCACGUCUCUUCUUGUAUUGA